GGCAACUGAGCGAGCUUGGGAAGUCUUCGCUGGAGUUUCAGGAAGUAAGAAGGCGGUGUUAGUAGUCUCCCUUCGUCUGCUCCGCAGGGCGCUACGGUUGUCAGGAUCCCUCCCGGAGCCCAGGGAGCAAAGCGGGGUCGAGAAGGAGCACCUGAAGCAGCGCAACAAGCAGGUCCCGACCCGCCGGAGAUCAUGCGUUGAGUCUGUGGCCCAAACCGCCCGCCGCCUCCGAGCAGUCGCCGGAUUGCCGCCCCACAGGGAGCCCCCCGGCCCAAGGACUAACCCAGCCCCGGCACUCUCGCUCAGGAGAGGCUCUGCAGGCCGGCAUUCAGGCUGGCGAGCUCGCCCACGCAUCUCAGCCCAAGCAGUGGUAGUCUGGCUUGCGAAGAUGUCGGCCAAGCCCGCUGUCGGCUUCGUGAACGAGGCUUCUCGGCAGAUCCUGGCCGGUGGUUCCGCUGGUCUUGUAGAAAUUUGCCUGAUGCACCCUCUCGAUGUGGUGAAAACCAGGUUCCAGAUUCAGAGAUGUGCAACUGAUCCAAACAGUUACAAAAGCUUAGGAGACAGCUUUCGAAUGAUUUUCCGCACAGAAGGGUUGUUCGGUUUUUACAAGGGAAUUCUGCCACCCAUCUUGGCUGAAACACCAAAAAGAGCAGUGAAGUUUUUCACCUUUGAGCAGUACAAGAAAUUGCUAGGAUAUGUGUCACUGUCACCAGCAUUGACCUUUGCCAUUGCUGGAUUGGGAUCUGGACUAACAGAAGCCAUUGUGGUCAACCCUUUUGAGGUAGUAAAAGUUGGCUUGCAAGCCAAUCGGAACAAAUUUACAGAGCAACCAUCCACCAUGAGUUAUGCAAGACACAUCAUUAAGAAGGAAGGCUUGGGACUCCAGGGCCUCAACAAAGGAUUUACAGCAACUUUGGGACGUCACGGAGUUUUCAACAUGGUUUAUUUCGGCUUCUACUACAAUGUCAAAAACAUUAUUCCUGUCAAUAAGGAUCCAACCUUGGAGUUUCUGAGAAAAUUUGGGGUUGGUCUUCUCUCGGGCACAAUAGCCUCAGUCAUUAACAUCCCUUUUGAUGUUGCCAAAAGUAGGAUUCAAGGGCCUCAGCCAGUUCCUGGAGAGAUCAAGUACAGAACCUGUUUUAAAACAAUGGCCACCGUCUAUCAGGAAGAAGGCAUUUUAGCUUUGUAUAAAGGCCUGCUUCCCAAGAUUAUGAGGCUUGGACCAGGUGGUGCAGUGAUGCUGCUGGUUUAUGAAUACACCUAUUCAUGGCUUCAGGAGAACUGGUGAUUGCCUACAGAGUAUUUUUUCCCCCUUGUGAUAAUGGAUAUUCAUUAUACAGCACCAUGAGAAGAAGAGAAUAUCGAUCAGCUGAGCUGAUACAAUGAUUAAUUAUAAUUAUACAACUAUACACAAUUAUAGAGGGCAAAACAGUUUGUUCAAGAACAAAACCUAUUUUGAUACUUCAAAAAUUAUCUCUAGACAAUUAGAAACUGUUGUUUUGGUCAAAUCCAUAAAACUGUGAGAAGAAAAUUACUACUAUGAAGCAAUGAGGUAUCUAAACUGAAUAUAGAAAAAUAGCAUGAAAUCAGAUAUAUUUCAUAAAAGCAAUAUAAAUGUUGUGACCUAUGUUCCUCUUACAAGGCUUCACAAGGAAAAUUCAUUGUGUUGAUGAUUAUUUUCUCCCAAAAGGUCAAGAAGUGCUUAAAAGUGAAAAAAAAUUAAGCCAGAAUUUAAACAGUUUUUAUAAGGAAUUAAAUUCUUCCAUAAGUGGUAUUUAAUGAUAUACAAGGAAGAUAUUUCUACAGUGUAUCAAAAUGACCUUUUAAAAUUUUAUGUUAAAAUGUGAGUUUGUUGGUUUCUUUUAGUAAUAAUACUCAUCUCAGCUAUAUUUUCCUAAAUCUACUUUAUAUUUUUCACUGUUGGUUAAUAUUUUAA